UCGUCAUCACUACACAGGAAGUGUGAUCCGGGUGAAGCGUCGUGCCGCGCCGAGCCCCUCAGUGAUUUUGGAUCAAUCUGAGCGAUCAGAAGCGAUUAAUAGCGCUAAUCAGCGAUUCGUUCCCCGUGUGUUUGAGUCAUGGUCGGGGUGAAGGUGAUCGGGAAUGACUCGGAGUUCCAGGCGGAGCUGAGCGGCGCCGGAUCCAGGCUGGCCGUGGUGAAGUUCACCAUGAGCGGGUGUCGUCCUUGUGUCAGAAUAGCUCCAGCGUUCAACAUGUUGAGCAACAAAUAUCCUCAGGCUGUGUUUCUGGAAGUCGACGUCCAUGUUUGUCAGGCAACAGCUGCAGCCAAUAAUAUCUCAGCGACGCCGACGUUCCUGUUCUUCCGAAACAAAGUGCGUGUGGACCAGUAUCAGGGCGCGGACGCUUCCGGCCUGGAGGAGAAGAUCAAGCAGCAUGUGGAGAACGAUCCCAGCAGCAACGAGGACUCGGAUAUUCCCAAAGGAUAUGUGAGGAAACGCCGUCUGUACUGUGUGUGUGUGUGUGUGUGUGUGUCCGUAUCUGAUGACUGGUCCUUCUGCAUUUGUUUGCAGCUUCUGAUCACAAUCGCCUUCAAUCAACCUGUCAAACUCUUCUCCUUGAAACUGCUGGCUGCAGAAUUAGCUCAAGCCCCAAAGAGUGUGAAGAUCUUCAUUAAUCUUCCUCGUUCGUUGGGUUUCGAUGACGCUGAGAGAAGUGAAGCCACGCAGGCGCUGGAUCUGUCGGAGGAAGACUACAAAGACGACGGGCUCAUCCCGCUCCGAUACGUCAAGUUUCAGAACGUCAACAGUGUGACUUUAUUUAUCAAGUCAAACCAAGGAGACGAGGAGACGACAAAAGUGAACUACUUGACGUUUAUCGGGACUCCUGUCCAGGCGACGAACAUGAGCGACUUCAAGCGGGUGAGUAAAGAGCGUUAACCAGCACUAUCUGAU